AUGUCGACUCCCUUUUCCUGGAUUAUGGACACAAAGACUCGUAAUAGCCGUUUGAAGAAGUACAGCGUCCAAGUUUCUUCUGGCGCGUCGACUGUCUGCGCGACUCUGGCAUUGACCCCGCUAGAUAAUGUGAAAACACGUAUGCAAACACACAAUUUCCAAAGCGUUGGCGAAUGCAUGCGCUAUAUCUGGCGAACUGAGGGGCCCCGUGGCUAUGUUGCAGGUGCUCUUCCACCUUUGGCUAGUGUCACUGUAGUUCGAGUCCUCAGCUUUACCGCUUACAGCUGGGCCAAGGAGAAGAUCUCUAACGGAACUGCAAUGAUUAAUGGCACAGGAACCUUGCAUGCUCAUGCUCAGGACGCUCAAGAAGCCCGAAAGCUUUUUCCGAGUAUCUCCCAGCUUUGCACAUACACUGCAGCAGGAGCCUUCGCUGGAAUAGUUACCGCACCACUUGCCUGUCCCUUCGAGUUGGCCAAGAAUGUCGUCCAGACCUCGGUGUUGGUAGCCAACCGUGCUCAGGCGGCCCCCGGAGCUGCUCAAGACGCCUCAUUGCGCCGCAAGCCUCGUGUCGGCACCAUCGAAGCCAUCCGGAAGAUCAUCAAAAUUCAUGGUGUUCGUGGCCUGUACACCGGCUUCCACCUUCAUGUCAUGCGUGACGCUGUGGGAACUGGCCUUUACUUCAGCAUCUAUGAAUCCGUCAAGGAGAUGGCGUCGAAGGAACUGGGAGAGAAAACAUCGCCUGUUGGGGCCCCUGCGAUUGCCGGCGCUGUGUGCAGCACCUUGCCCUGGUUCUGCACAUAUCCCCUCGACACCCGUAAGACACGCGCACAGAGCGUCUUACUAGGCAAGUCCAAGGAGGUUGGAGAGGCGUCUGUUGCAGUGGCCAAGUCUAGCAUGUACAAGGGCCUCUCAAUUAUAUUGUUGCGCACGGGAAUCAACAACAUGAUCCUCAUGUGCAUCAUGGAGUACCUCAAGGGGAAGAUUGAGAAUCUUCCUUAA